CCGUGCAUUAAUGGUUUCGGGUCGUGCGGGGCUCGCCUCUCAUUGUUUACAUGUUCAAGUGAUAUGUAUCUCCUGUUUUUGAGACUGUCGUCGUUCACGGAUUAGCCGUCAUCUUGAAAUUAUGAUAACUAUCAACAAAACAAUUGUGUAGCGCGUUUAUCCAGAGAUGACGAGUUAGUCCACAUCGUUAAUCAGCUUUUGCUGCUGUUCGGACCCCGAAGACAACAUAAUCAUUAUGGAGGUGUAGCACCAGAGUGCAGAAUGUUUGGUGCACCCCAAAGCUCGAAGUCUGAAUUCCUGGAUAAAGCCAGGCAAGCCAGGGAGGAGAGGAAAGGGCAGAAGGAGAAAGAGAGAGCAGCAAUCCUCAUCCAAGCCCUGGUCAGACGAUUUUUAUGUCGCAGCAGACUCCAGAAACAAAUAAGGAAAGAUGUUGAUGACUAUUUUGAGUCUUCAGCUGCAACGUCAAAAAGAAAUGCACUUUCAAUUUUUAAAAUUGCUCGUAAAUUACUAUUCAUUUACCACUUGGAGGAUAAGAUGAGGUUUGAAAAGCUUUGUCGGGCUAUUCUUGCCAGCAUGGAAGUUGAAAACGAGCCUAAAGUCUGGUAUGUGUCUUUGGCACUCUCCAAAGAUCUCACAAUCCCUUGGUUGAAACAGAUUAAAGAUGUUUUGUGGACCUGCUGUCAACUACUAAAGACUUUAAAGCCUGAUAUCCUGCAGGACAACAAAUUGGUAACCCUUUACCUCACCAUGCUGGUCACUUUCACGGACACAUCAACAUGGCGGAUUGUGAGAGGGAAAGGAGAAGCUCUCCGACCUGCUUUGAUGAGAAUCUGUGAGAAUAUCAUGGGUCAUCUCAAUCAAAAGGGAUUCUAUUCAACACUACAGAUUUUGCUGACCAAUGGCUUGGCUCGUUCGAAACCAGCUCUCUCAAAAGGCACUUUAACAGCUAUAUUUACUUUGUCACUAAGGCCAGUCAUCGCUGCUCACUUCUCAGACAACCUGCUCAGAUCAUUCCUCAUUCACGUUAUGUCAGUUCCAGCUGUGACUUCGCACCUGUGUAAACUCACCCCAGAGUGUAUUACGUCGAUCCAGACUCAUGGCCUUCUAAAGAAGUUUAUCCUUCUUCUCAGCCGUGAGGAGCAGUGUUCUGAUAUCUGUGUGUGUCUCGAGGGGAGCCACACACUCUGCUUAUUAGGUAACCUGAUUCACUUGGGCUUCCUGAAUGAGCAAAUCAUAGAGGAGGAGACCAAUCGCUUUGUGAAGGACCUGACUGACAUGCUGUCCUACUGCCAGAGAUAUGUGUCCCAAAAGAAGUCCAACCUCACCCACUGGCACCCAGUCCUGGGCUGGUUUUCCCAAAUUGUAGAUUAUGGUCUUAACGAAUCAAUGCCACUGGUCACCAAGCAACUGCAGCAUCUGUGGGGCGUGCCUGUCAUUCGGACCCUCUUCAGUGACGUCCUCUCGAAGAAGCUCGAGAGUCAGGAGCUCAGUCCCGCACCCGCACAACCUAGCACAUCGCAAAAUAACCUGCCAGUUAAAAGCCUGUUUAAGCGAGCUUUUCAGAAGUCCGCGUCUGUACGAAACAUCUUGAAGCCGGUCGGGGGAAAGCGGGUGGACUCUGCUGAAGUUCAGAAGGUGUGCAGCAUUUGUGUGCUCUACCAAACUGCCCUUUCCACACUGACGCAAAUACGACUACAGAUUCUCACCGGUCUGACACACCUCGAUGACCUCCUGCCCAAGUUGUGGGCUUUUAUCUGUGAAUUGGGCCCACAGGGAGGCCUCAAGCUUUUUAUGGAGUGUCUCAACAAUGACACUGAAGAGUCCAAGCGGCUCCUGGCUAUGCUUAUGCUCUUCUGUGACUGUUCACGGCACCUCAUCACAAUUCUGGAUGACAUCGAAGUCUACGAAGAACAGACCUCCUUUAAAAUAGAGGAGCUCAUCACUAUCUCCUCCUUUCUUAACACUUUUGUGUACAAAAUGAUAUGGGACGGUAUCCUCGAGAACGCAAAGGGGGAGAAACUGGAGUUAUUCCACAGCGUUCACGGAUGGUUAAUGGUGCUUUACGAACGUGAUUGCCGGAGAAAAUUCACCUUUGAUGACCACUGGUUACGCAAAGACUUAAAACCAAGCUUGCUGUUCCAAGAACUUGAGAAAGGCAAGAAGCGAGCCCAGCUGAUACUGCAAUAUAUCCCACAUGUUAUUCCUCAUAAAAAUAGGGUGCUGCUGUUUCGGAAUAUCGUCACUAAGGAAAAAGAGAAUCUUGGUUUAAUAGAAACCAACUCCGCCUCGCCGCACGUCACGCACAUUACCAUUCGCCGCUCACGCAUGUUAGAGGAUGGUUACGACCAGCUCCGCCGUUUACCUGUGAAUUCCAUAAAAGGCGUCAUUCGUGUGAAGUUUGUGAAUGACCUGGGAGUGGAUGAAGCGGGUAUCGAUCAAGAUGGUGUGUUUAAAGAGUUUCUUGAAGAGAUCAUUAAGAAAGUGUUCAACCCUGCACUCAACCUAUUCAAGACCACGAGUGGAAAUGAGAGGCUUUAUCCUUCGCCUACUUCCUACAUCCACGAGAACCAUCUGCAGCUAUUUGAGUUUGUGGGGAAGAUGUUAGGGAAAGCCAUUUAUGAGGGCAUUGUGGUGGAUGUUCCUUUUGCUUCCUUCUUCCUCAGCCAAGUUUUGGGUCAUCACCACAGCACUUUUUACAGCUCCAUUGAUGAGCUGCCCUCCUUGGACUCAGAGUUUUACAAGAACCUCACCUCCAUUAAGCGCUAUGAUGGAGAUGUGGGAGACCUGGGACUCUCGUUGUCCUAUGAUGAAGAUGUUAUGGGACAGCUUGUUUGUCAUGAGUUGAUACCUGGAGGCAAGACCAUGCCAGUCACCAAUGAAAAUAAGUUCAGCUACAUCCACCUCAUGGCUCACUUCCGGAUGCACACUCAGAUUAAGGAGCAAACUGCAGCUUUCAUCCGAGGCUUUCGCAGCAUCAUUAACCCAGAAUGGUUGCACAUGUUUUCGACACCCGAGGUUCAGCGUCUAGUCUCGGGAGAUAAUGCUGAAAUUGACUUGGAUGACCUCAAGAAGCACACCGUCUACUACGGAGGUUUUCAUAGCAGCCAUCGUGUUAUCAUCUGGCUGUGGGACAUCUUGUCCAGUGAUUUCACGGCUGAGGAGAGGGCAAUGUUCCUCAAAUUUGUUACCAGCUGCUCAAGACCUCCUCUCCUAGGUUUUGCCUACCUCAAGCCACCUUUUUCAAUCCGUUGUGUGGAAGUGUCAGAUGAUCAGGACACGGGGGACACCCUUGGCAGCGUGCUCCGAGGCUUCUUCACAAUCCGUAAAAAGGAGCCUGGUGGUAGACUGCCCACUUCCUCCACAUGCUUCAACCUGCUCAAACUGCCCAACUACAGCAAAAAGAGCAUCUUGCGUGACAAGCUACGCUACGCCAUCAGUAUGAACACCGGCUUUGAGCUUUCGUAACGCACAAGUGUUGCGAAAGGACAAAUGUGCACAGGAUGAGGCUGCCGGAACCAAGCAAAACAGUUUAGCUACGUGGUCGCCUGUCACGUCUGAGGAAAUCUCCCACAAAAGUAGAGGAGUCGUGAAGGGCAACAAACUUGCAGGAUUACUAUUUAACUCCCUUCCAGCAACAGGGGGAUGCUGAUUUUGCAGCACAAUCUAAUUCUGCAUUUCCCCUUGCCAUACAAAUCUCAAAAUCUAAGGUCGUAUAUCGUACUUAACUCCAUCAAAUCAUUUUUAGAGUUACUUGAUCUCAGUUUCUCAGGCUUAACAUGAUAUUUUUUAGCUUGAACACUCUCACCAUUUGAGACCUGGAAAGCAAUACAGAUGCAAUGCAAGGCAUUCGAUGCGUGAAAACAACGUGAUGCAUCGGUAAUACACUUACAAUUUUGAACUUUGGUAUCCAAGCAUCUUUGAGAGGGUAUCAAAUGAGCUCUAAUGAGUUUUUGCCUUGAUAAAUGCAAUUUGUCUUCAGCCUCCACAACGGAGGGCUUCCCCGUCCUGUGUUGAUCUCAUUUAACUUCCUUUCUCUUAAAGGCACAGGCAAUCUUUUUUUUUUUUAAAUACAGAAGUGAUGUCUGCUUUUGCAACUUUUACCCAUGAAAAAAAAGGCCCGGAAAUGUCUUGUCACGUCUCAAAUGAACUGCGGUUUUGUAUUUCAUGCUCGAAAACCGUAACGUUGCUCACUACACCUUUUAAAUAACUGAGUGCCUCAUGUAUCGCCAUCUUUCCCUCGCUAUCAACUUGACCUAUUUACCGAUUACAAGUGAAACCAAUAAUGUUGUAUGUUGGAAACAAGCCAUAGAAACAAGGACUGGGCCUAUUCUCUGAAACCCAACCACUGUAAUCCCACUAUAACGACGACAACAUAGUCUUGAGGCUUUGACGAUGCUCUCCAUGGACUUUCUAAGCCAUCUUGCGAAGAAUUAUCGGUUCUAACAAGCCUCUCAACGUGAUGUCAUGGACUGGAUCAUCGGCCUAAGUGGCUUGAUGUUCCUCUGGGUGGUAAUGUCAUGGAAGUUGUUCUGCUGUUGGGUAAUAUUUAGGGCUAAGGGUCAUUUUAGUCAAGGACUUAACAGAAAUAGAAAUGCGGCUUUCAAAGGAAGGUCCUAAAAGUAAGCAUAACAUCUCAACCAAAUCUGUGAUUAUGCAAAAAGAAAAAACAUUGUCAUUACCUACUACCAUACAGGUGAACUUUUAAUAACCAGCAGCUUGAGUGAAAAUAACACAGUUUGGAUUUAAAGGUAAAAUAUUCUUUACCUAAGUAGACUUGGUUCACAAGAGUUAAUUUCUGUGACACAAAAUUAGAUUUACCCCAAUUUGCAGUGGGUAUAAUAAAUAUGCCCAGACGUGUUCAAAUGCCAGGUUUUGGAGAUUAAUAAUUUAAAAAAAUUCUUUCACCAUAAGGUAACCUAUAACCUGUACAAUUUAAUUAAAGGGUGGCUUGGAAAUUGUAUAAAUUAAAUAGUGUCAGGCUUGUGCUGACCCCGCAUGAGUAUAAGCGUUAUUGGUUAAUUCUGAACAUAGCCACAUCCUAAUUCUAAGAGGGUGUGCCUGUACACGCUUGUGCAACCACAAUAUCUCAACUGUUUAAUUUGACUUGAAAUCUAAAAAUAGAUAAUUCAGUAAUGUAAACGUUUUGAAAUUAUUAUAUACUUUUUCUUUUUAAAUCACACAAACCUGGCAUUUGAACGUUGUAUGUAGACUUACUGUACCUAGUUCUAAUAAUUUGACUAGGUUCCUAAAGGGGAUGUUCUCAAAAACAUUACCUUUGAGAUACCACCCCAGUGACCAACCAAUAUACCCAAAAGAUACGAUUGCCUUUUUUUUUUUGUGAGUAAUAGAAUAAUGGCUUUAUGUUUUUUUGUCAACCUGUUCUAUGCAAUUGAAUCUAAUGUAAGUCAAUAACCUCAGAAAAUGAUUGUUUUUAUUAAUGUUUCGAAGUCCUAAAAUAUUUUUCUUUCAUAUUUAUGUAAAUGUAUUAUUAUUCAGUAUUUUAUCUGAUUAAAUUCGGUGGCAUCUGUUAGUGACUCAGUUACCAAAUAUAAUUCCUUUCCCUACCUUACAAAAUAUUAUUGUGUAGAGCUGGUUGACAAAAAAUGUCGUGUUCCUUUCAAAGUGGACUUGCAUUUCCUAAUUUUAACCAGGCAUGCAAAAUUAAAUACAGAAGCGCAGUUUGUUUUCACAAGAGACUAAAAAAAUGAUGUCAACAAAAAAAAAACCCCACAUCUAACCCACUUUAAAUGCAAAUACACGC